CCACUCGCAAUUUACAAAGAACGAGUUUCUGCGGUUCAGAUCGGAUCAUAUUUUAUUUCUCCACAUUAUUUGUGUUUCAAGAGUGUAGGAAAAAUGAGAUUAAACUCAAUUGUUCCGAAUUUCAAGGCGGAGACCACUCAGGGACCCAUUGAAUUUUACGAGUGGCAAGGAAAUUCAUGGGUGGUUAUAUUUUCACAUCCUGCUGAUUUCACUCCAGUUUGCACAACCGAACUCGGUCGACUUGCCGUUCAUCAGCCACAUUUUGAUCGACGAAAUGUAAAAUUAUUGGCACAUUCGGUAGACGAUUUAAAAGAUCACGUCGAUUGGGUGAACGACAUUAAAUCUUAUUGCCAAGAUAUUCCCGGGGCUUUUCCAUAUCCAAUCAUCGCCGAUGGAGACCGCAGUUUGUCUGUGCAAUUAGGAAUGUUGGACCAAGAAAAUCAGAAAGAUCCAGAAUACGCAGAUACAGUUCGGGCUCUUUAUAUCAUCAGUCCCGAUCAUCGUGUUCGUCUCUCUAUGCAUUAUCCAAAAUCCACCGGUCGAAAUGUCGAUGAAAUGUUACGAGUGAUCGACUCUCUUCAGUUGGUCGACAGAAAACCUCAAAUUGCUACCCCAGCCAAUUGGGUCCCCGGAGAAAAGGUGAUGAUCCUGCCAGAUGUGAAAGAAGAGGAUCUUCCUAAAUUAUUCCCAGGCGGAGUGGACACAGUUUCGAUGCCAUCGGGAAAAGUUUAUGUUCGUACGACUACUGACUAUUAACAAUGUUCUCUAAGCACUACUUUCUCGUAAAUUUUAAAAAUUGUGAUUUUUAGUUUAAUACAAAAAAAGUAAAUUAAUUAAUUAUUAACAGAA